AUGUCGCUGAAGACAAGGCAGACUGCGGCGCUCUGCCUGCUGGCGCUCAUCCUCCAGUUUCUGCCUCAGUUCACUGCUUCCGCAGAGGAGACGAAACAUCGGGUAAAGAGGAGCGCUAGGAACAUCAGUGUCACCCCCACUGCUGACAUCACCGCCACUCCUGACAUAAGCACCACGGAUGUCACCACCACUUCUGAGAUCACAACUAAGAUCACCACCAUUCCUGAUGUGACCACCACCCCUGAUAUCACUACCACUGAGAUCACCACUACUUCUGACGUCAGCACCACUGAGAUCACCACAACUCAUGACAUCACUACCACUACUAAAAUCACCACCACUGAUAUCACCACCAAUCCUGUUGUCACCACCACGGAGAUCACCACCAUUCCUGAGAUCACCACCAUUCCUGAGAUUUCCACCACUGAGAUCACGAGCACUACUAUCAUUACAAAUCCUGGGAUCACCACCACUGAGAUCACCACCACUCCUGAGAUCACUACGACCACUGAGAUCACUAUUACUCCUGAGUUCACCACCACUGAGAUCACCACCACUCCUGAGGUCACCACCACUCCUGAGAUCACCACCACUCCUGACGUCACCACCACUCCUGAGAUCACCAGCACUCCUGAGAUCACCACCACUCCAGAUGUCACCACCACUGUGAUCACCACCACUCCUGAGAUCACCACCAGUCCUGACGUCACCACAACUCCUGAUAUCACCACCACCACUGAGAUCACCACCACUACUGAGAUCACCACCACUCCUGAUGUCACCACCACUGUGAUCACCAUCACUCCUGAUGUCACCACCACAGAGAUCACCACCACCACUGAGAUCACAACCACUCCUGACAUCACCACCACUAAGAUCACUACCACUCCUGAGUUCACCACCACUGAGAUCACCACCACUCCUGACAUCACCACCACUCCGGAGAUCACCACCACUCCUGAGAUCACCACCACUUCUGAUGUCACCACCACUGAGGUCAUCACCACCACUGAGAUCACCACCACCCCUGAGAUCACGACCACUCCUGAUGUCACCACCACUGUGAUCACCACCACUCCUGAUGUCACCACCACAGAGAUCACCACCACUGCCGAGAUCACCACCACUCCUGAGAUCACUACGACCACUGAGAUCACUACCACUCCUGACAUCACCACCACUCCUGAGAUCACUAUGACCACUAAGAUCACUACCACUCCUGACAUCACCACCACUCCUGAUAUCAACACCACUCCUGAGAUCACCAUCACUGUGAUCACCACAACUCCUGAGAUCACCACUACUCCUGAUGUCACCACCACUGUGAUCCCCACCACUCCUGACAUUACCACCACUCCUGACAUCACUACCACUGAGAUCACCACCACUCCUGAGUUCACCACCUCUGAGAUCACCACCACUCCUGACGUCACCACCACUCCUGAGAUCACCACCACUCCUGAGAUCACCACCACUCCUGAGAUCACCACCACUGAGAUCACCACCACACCCGAGAUCACCACCACUCCUGAUGUCACCACCACUGUGAUCACCACCACUCCUGAGAUCACCACCACUGAGAUCACCCCAACUCCUGAUUUCACCACCACUCCUGAGAUCACCACCACUGAGAUCACCACCACUCCUGAUAUCACCACCACUACUGAGAUCACCACCACUCCUGAUAUCACCACCACUCCUGACAUCACCACCACUCCGGAGAUCACCACCACUCCUGAGAUCACCACCACUUCUGAUGUCACCACCACUGAGGUCAUCACCACCACUGAGAUCACCACCACCCCUGAGAUCACGACCACUCCUGAUGUCACCACCACUGUGAUCACCACCACUCCUGAUGUCACCACCACAGAGAUCACCACCACUGCCGAGAUCACCACCACUCCUGAGAUCACUACGACCACUGAGAUCACUACCACUCCUGACAUCACCACCACUCCUGAGAUCACUAUGACCACUAAGAUCACUACCACUCCUGACAUCACCACCACUCCUGAUAUCAACACCACUCCUGAGAUCACCAUCACUGUGAUCACCACAACUCCUGAGAUCACCACUACUCCUGAUAUCACCACCACUCCUGACGUCACCACCACUCCUGAGAUCACCACCACUCCUGAGAUCACCACCACUCCUGAGAUCACCACCACUGAGAUCACCACCACACCCGAGAUCACCACCACUCCUGAUGUCACCACCACUCCAGAUGUCACCACCACUGAGAUCACCACCACUCCUGACGUCACCACCACUCCUGAUAUCACCACCACUCCUGAUGUCACCACCACUGAGAUCACCACCACUCCUGAGAUCACCACCACUCCUGAGAUCACCACCACUCCUGAGAUCACCACGACUUCUGAGAUUAUCACCACUCCUGAUAUCACCACCACUCCUGACAUCACCACCACCACUCCUGGGAUCACCACCACCUCUGAUGUCACCACCACUCCUGAGAUCACCACCACUCCUGACGUCACCACCACUCCUGAGAUCACCAGCACUCCUGAGAUCACCACCACUCCAGAUGUCACCACCACUGUGAUCACCACCACUCCUGAGAUCACCACCAGUCCUGACGUCACCACAACUCCUGAUAUCACCACCACUCCUGACAUCACCACCACUCCGGAGAUCACCACCACUCCUGAGAUCACCACCACUUCUGAUGUCACCACCACUGAGGUCAUCACCACCACUGAGAUCACCACCACCCCUGAGAUCACGACCACUCCUGAUGUCACCACCACUGUGAUCACCACCACUCCUGAUGUCACCACCACAGAGAUCACCACCACUGCCGAGAUCACCACCACUCCUGAGAUCACUACGACCACUGAGAUCACUACCACUCCUGACAUCACCACCACUCCUGAGAUCACUAUGACCACUAAGAUCACUACCACUCCUGACAUCACCACCACUCCUGAUAUCAACACCACUCCUGAGAUCACCAUCACUGUGAUCACCACAACUCCUGAGAUCACCACUACUCCUGAUGUCACCACCACUGUGAUCCCCACCACUCCUGACAUUACCACCACUCCUGACAUCACUACCACUGAGAUCACCACCACUCCUGAGUUCACCACCUCUGAGAUCACCACCACUCCUGACGUCACCACCACUCCUGAGAUCACCACCACUCCUGAGAUCACCACCACUCCUGAGAUCACCACCACUGAGAUCACCACCACACCCGAGAUCACCACCACUCCUGAUAUCACCACCACUCCUGACGUCACCACCACUCCUGAUAUCACCACCACUCCUGACAUCACCACAACUGAGAUCACCACCACUCCUGAUGUCACCACCACUGAGAUCACCACCACUCCUGAGAUCACCACCACUCCUGAGAUCACCACCACUCCUGAGAUCACCACGACUUCUGAGAUUAUCACCACUCCUGAUAUCACUACGACUCCUGACAUCACCACCAAUCCUGAUGUCACCACCACUCCUGAUGUCAUAACCACUGAGAUCACCACUACUCCUGAGAUCACCACCACCCCUGAGAUCACUACGACCACUGAGAUCACCACCACUCCUGAUUUCACCACUACUGAGAUCACCACCACUCCUGAGAUCACUACGACCACUGAGAUCACCACUACUGAGAUCACCACCACCACCACUGAGAUCACCACCACUCCAGACAUCACCACCACUGAGAUCACCACCACUACUGAUGUCACUACUACUCCUGAGAUCACCACCACCACUCCUGAGAUCACCACCACCACUCCUGACAUCACCACCACUCCUGACAUCACCACCACCACUUCUGAGAUCACCACCACUUCUGAGAUUAUCACCACUCCUGAUGUCACCACCACUCCUGAUGUCACUACAACUCCUGACAUCACCACCACUCCUGUCAUCACCACCACUGAGAUCACCACCACUCCUGAUGUCACCACCACUGAGAUCACCACCACUACUGAGAUCACCACCACUUCUGAUGUCACUACAACUCCUGAGAUCACCACCACUCCUGAUGUCACCACCACUCCUGAUAUCACCACCACUACUGAGAUCACCACCACUUCUGAUGUCACUACAACUCCUGAGAUCACCACCACUCCUGAUGUCACCACCACUCCUGAUAUCACCACCACUCCUGAGAUCACCACUACACCUGAGAUCACUACGACCACUGAGAUCACCACUACUGAGAUCACCACCACUCCUGAUGUCACCACCACUGAGAUCACCACGACCACUGAGAUCACCACCACUCCUGACAUCACCACCACUGAGAUCACCACCACCCCUGAUGUCACCACCACUGAGAUCACCACCACUCCUGAGAUCACCACCACUCCUGAUGUCACCACCAUUCCUGAGAUCACCACCACUGAGAUCACUACCACCCCUGAGAUCACCACCACGACUUAUGUCACCACCACUGAGAUCACCACUACCACUGAGAUCACCACCACUCCUGAUGUCACUACUACUCCUGAGAUCACCACCACCCCUGAUGUCACCACCACUGAGAUCACCACCACUCCUGAGAUCACCACCACUCCUGAUGUCACCACCAUUCCUGAGAUCACCACCACUGAGAUCACUACCACCCCUGAGAUCACCACCACGACUUAUGUCACCACCACUGAGAUCACCACCACUCCUGAGAUCACCACCACUCCUGACAUUACCACCACUGAGAUCACCACCACUCCUCUUGUCACCACCACUGAGAUCAGUACGACUCCUGAGAUCACCACUCCUGACAUCACUACCACUCCUGAGAUCACCACCACUUCUGAUGUCACUACAAUUCCUGAUGUCACUACAACUCCUGACAUCACCACCACUCCUGUCAUCACCACCACUGAGAUCAUCACCACUCCUGAGAUCACCACCACUGAGAUCACCACCACUUCUGAUGUCACUACAACUCCUGAGAUCACCACCACUCCUGAUGUCACCACCACUCCUGAUAUCACCACCACUACUGAGAUCACCACCACUUCUGAUGUCACUACAACUCCUGAGAUCACCACCACUCCAGAUGUCACCACCACUCCUGAUGUCACUACAACUCCUGACAUCACCACCACUCCUGUCAUCACCACCACUCCUGUCAUCACCACCACUCCUGACGUCACCACCACUGAAAUCACUACCACCCCAGAGAUCACCACCACUCCUGACAUCACUACGACUGAGAUCACCACCACUGAGAUCACCACCACCCCUGAGAUUACUACGACCACUGAGAUCACCACUACUGAGAUCACCACCACUUCUGAUGUCACCACCACUGAGAUCACCACCACCACUGAGAUCACCGCCACUCCUGACAUCACCACCACUGAGAUCACCACCACCACUGAGAUCACCACCACUCCUGACAUCACCACCACUGAGAUCAACACCACUCCUGAGAUUAUCACCACUCCUGAUAUCACUACCACGCCUGAGAUCACCACUACUUCUGAUGUCACCACUCCUGAUAUCACCACCACCGAGAUCACCACCACUUCUGAGAUCACCACCACAUCUGAUGUCACCACAACUCCUGAGAUCACCACCACUCCUGAUGUCACUACAACUCCUGACAUCACCACCACUCCUGAUAUCACCACCACUUCUGAUGUCACUACAACUCCUGAUGUUACUACAACUCCUGACAUCACCACCACUCCUGUCAUCACCACCACUGAGAUCUCCACUACUCCUGAUGUCACCACCACUGAGAUCACCACCACUACUGAGAUCACCACCACUUCUGAUGUCACCACCAUUCCUGAUGUCACUACAACUUCUGACAUCACCACCACUCCUGUCAUCACCACCACUGAGAUCACCACCACUCCUGACGUCACCACCACUGAAAUCACUACCACCACUGAGAUCACCACCACUCCUGACAUCACUACCACUGAGAUCACCACCACUCCUGAGAUCACCACUACCCCUGAGAUCACUACGACCACUGAGAUCACCACUACUGAGAUCACCACCACUCCUGAUAUCACUACCACCCCUGAGAUCACCACCACAUCUGAUGUCACCACAACUCCUGAGAUCACCACCACUCCUGACAUCACCACCACCGAGAUUACCACCACUUCUGAGAUCACCACCGCAUCUGAUGUCACCACAACUCCUGAGAUCACCACCACUCCUGAUGUCACCACCACUCCUGACAUCACUACCAUUGAAAUCACCACCUCUCGUGAUGUCACCACCACUGAGAUCACCACCACCACUGAGAUCACCACCACUCCUGAUAUCACUACCACCCCUGAGAUCACCACCACAUCUGAUGUCACCACAACUCCUGAGAUCACCACCACUCCUGACAUCACCACCACCGAGAUUACCACCACUUCUGAGAUCACCACCACAUCUGAUGUCACCACAACUCCUGAGAUCACCACCACUCCUGAUGUCACCACCACUCCUGACAUCACCACCAUUGAAAUCACCACCUCUCGUGAUGUCACCACCACUGAGAUCACCACCACCACUGAGAUCACCACCACUCCUGAUGUCACUACUACUCCAGAGAUCACCACCACUGAGAUCACCACCACUCCUGGUGUCACCACCACUGAGAUCACUAUGACUCCUGAGAUCACCACUCCUGACAUCACUACCACUCCUGAGAUCACCACCACUCCUGUCGUCACCACCACUGAGAUCACCACCACUCCUGAUGUCACUACUACUCCUGAGAUCACCACCACCACUCCUGAGAUCACCACCACUCCUGACAUCACCACCACUGAGAUCACCACCACUCCUCUUGUCACCACCACUGAGAUCACUACGACUCCUGAGAUCACCACUCCUGACAUCACUACCACUCCUGAGAUCACCACCACUUCUGAUGUCACUACAACUCCUGAUGUCACUACAACUCCUGACAUCACCACCACUCCUGUCAUCACCACCACUGAGAUCUCCACCACUCCUGAUGUCACCACCAUUCCUGAUAUCACCACCACUGAUAUCACCACCACUCCUGAUAUCACCACCACUCCUGACAUCACCACCACUCCUGACAUCACUACCCCUGAGAUCACCACCACUCCUGAGAUCACCACCAGUCCUGAGAUCACUACGACCACUGAGAUCACCACCACUGAGAUCAACACCACUUCUGAUGUCACCACCACUGAGAUCACAACCACCCCUGAGAUCACCACCACAUCUGAUGUCACCACAACUCCUGAGAUCACCACCACUCCUGAUAUCACCACCACUUCUGAUGUCACUACAACUCCUGAGAUCACCACCACUCCUGAUGUCACCACCACUCCUGAUGUCAGUACAACUCCUGACAUCACCACCACUCCUGUCAUCACCACCACUGAGAUCACCACCACUCCUGAUGUGACCACCACUGAGAUCACCACCACUUCUGAUGUCACUACUACUCCUGAGAUCAUCACCACCACUCCUGAGAUCACCACCACUCCUGAUGUCACCACCACUCCUGAUGUCAGUACAACUCCUGACAUCACCACCACUCCUGUCAUCACCACCACUGAGAUCACCACCACUCCUGAUGUGACCACCACUGAGAUCACCACCACUUCUGAUGUCACUACUACUCCUGAGAUCACCACCACCACUCCUGAGAUCACCACCUCUCCUGAUGUCACUACCACUCCUGAUAUCACUACCACCCCUGAGAUCACCACCACAUCUGAUGUCACCACAACUCCUGAGAUCACCACCACUCCUGACAUCACCACCACCGAGAUUACCACCACUUCUGAGAUCACCACCACAUCUGAUGUCACCACAACUCCUGAGAUCACCACCAGUCCUGAUAUCACCACCACGUCUGAUGUCACUAAAAUUCCUGAUGUUACUACAACUCCUGACAUCACCACCACUCCUGUCAUCACCACCACUGAGAUCUCCACCACUCCUGACGUCACCACCAUUCCUGAUAUCACCACCACUGAGAUCAUCACCACUCCUGAGAUCACCACUACUGAGAUCACCACCACUUCUGAUGUCACUACAACUCCUGAGAUCACCACCACUCCUGAUGUCACCACCACUCCUGAUGUCAGUACAACUCCUGACAUCACCACCACUCCUGAUGUCACAACCACUCCUGACAUCACCACCACUGAAAUCACCACCUCUCGUGAUGUCACCACCACUGAGAUCACCACCAACACUGAGAUCACCACCACUCCUGAUAUCACCACCACUUCUGAUGUCACUACAACUCCUGAUGUUACUACAACUCCUGACAUCACCACCACUCCUGUCAUCACCACCACUGAGAUCUCCACCACUCCUGAUGUCACCACCAUUCCUGAUAUCACCACCACUGAGAUCAUCACCACUCCUGAGAUCACCACUACUGAGAUCACCACCACUUCUGAUGUCACUACAACUCCUGAGAUCACCACCACUCCUGAUGUCACCACCACUCCUGAUAUCACCACCACUUCUGAUGUCACUACUACUCCUGAGAUCAUCACCACCACUCCUGAGAUCACCACCACUCCUGAUGUCACCACCACUCCUGAUGUCAGUACAACUCCUGACAUCACCACCACUCCUGUCAUCACCACCACUGAGAUCACCACCACUCCUGACGUCACCACCACUGAGAUCACCACCACUUCUGAGAUCAUCAACACUCCUGACGUCACCACCACUGAGAUCACUACCACCCCUGAGAUCACCACCACAUCUGAUGUCACCACAACUCCUGAGAUCACCACCACUCCUGACAUCACCACCACCGAGAUUACCACCACUUCUGAGAUCACCACCACAUCUGAUGUCACCACAACUCCUGAGAUCACCACCAGUCCUGAUGUCACCACCACUCCUGACAUCACCACCACUGAAAUCACCACCUCUCGUGAUGUCACCACCACUGAGAUCACCACCACCACUGAGAUCACCACCACUCCUGAUAUCACCACCACGUCUGAUGUCACUACAACUCCUGAUAUCACCACCACUUCUGAUGUCACUACAACUCCUGAGAUCACCACCACUCCUGAUGUCACCACCACUCCUGAUAUCACCACCACUUCUGAGAUCAUCAACACUCCUGACGUCACCACCACUGAGAUCACUACCACCCCUGAGAUCACCACCACAUCUGAUGUCACCACAACUCCUGAGAUCACCACCACUCCUGACAUCACCACCACCGAGAUUACCACCACUUCUGAGAUCACCACCACAUCUGAUGUCACCACAACUCCUGAGAUCACCACCAGUCCUGAUGUCACCACCACUCCUGACAUCACCACCACUGAAAUCACCACCUCUCGUGAUGUCACCACCACUGAGAUAACCACCACCACUGAGAUCACCACCACUCCUGAUAUCACUACGACCACUGAGAUCACCACCACUGAGAUCACCACCACUUCUGACGUCACCACCACUGAGAUCACUACCACCCCUGAGAUCACCACCACAUCUGAUGUCACCACAACUCCUGAGAUCACCACCACUCCUGAUGUCACCACCACUCCUGACAUCACCACCACUGAAAUCACCACCUCUCGUGAUGUCACCACCACUGAGAUCACCACCACCACUGAGAUCACCACCACUCCUGAUGUCACUACUACUCCUGAGAUCACCACCACCACUGACAUCACUACCACUCCUGAGAUCACCACCACUUCUGAUGUCACUACAACUCAUGAUGUCACUACAACUCCUAACAUUACCACCACUCCUGUCAUCACCACCACUGAGAUCACCACCACUCCUGACGUCACCACCACUGAGAUCACCACCACUUCUGAGAUCAUCAACACUCCUGACGUCACCACCACUGAGAUCACUACCACCCCUGAGAUCACCACCACAUCUGAUGUCACCACAACUCCUGAGAUCACCACCACUCCUGACAUCACCACCACCGAGAUUACCACCACUUCUGAGAUCACCACCACAUCUGAUGUCACCACAACUCCUGAGAUCACCACCAGUCCUGAUGUCACCACCACUCCUGACAUCACCACCACUGAAAUCACCACCUCUCGUGAUAUCACUAUGACUCCUGAGAUCACCACUCCUGACAUCACUACCACCACUGAGAUCACCACCACUCCUGUCAUCACCACCACUGAGAUCACCACCACUCCUGAUGUCACUACUACUCCUGAGAUCACCACCACCACUCCUGACAUCACCACCACUGAGAUCACCACCACUCCUCUUGUCACCACCACUGAGAUCACUACGACUCCUGAGAUCACCACUCCUGACAUCACUACCACUCCUGAGAUCACCACCACGUCUGAUGUCACUACAACUCCUGAUGUCACUACAACUCCUGACAUCACCACCACUCCUGUCAUCACCACCACUGAGAUCUCCACCACUCCUGACGUCACCACCAUUCCUGAUAUCACCACCACUGAGAUCAUCACCACUCCUGAGAUCACCACUACUGAGAUCACCACCACUUCUGAUGUCACUACAACUCCUGAGAUCACCACCACUCCUGAUGUCACCACCACUCCUGAUGUCAGUACAACUCCUGACAUCACCACCACUCCUGUCAUCACCACCACUGAGAUCACCACCACUCCUGAUGUGACCACCACUGAGAUCACCACCACUUCUGAUGUCACUACUACUCCUGAGAUCACCACCACCACUCCUGAGAUCACCACCUCUCCUGAUGUCACUACCACUCCUGAUGUCACCACCACUCCUGUUGUCACUACAACUCCUGACAUCACCACCACUCCUGUCAUCACCACCACUGAGAUCACCACCACUCCUGACGUCACCACCACUGAGAUCACCACCACUUCUGAGAUCAUCAACACUCCUGACGUCACCACCACUGAGAUCACUACCACCCCUGAGAUCACCACCACAUCUGAUGUCACCACAACUCCUGAGAUCACCACCACUCCUGACAUCACCACCACCGAGAUUACCACCACUUCUGAGAUCACCACCACAUCUGAUGUCACCACAACUCCUGAGAUCACCACCAGUCCUGAUGUCACCACCACUCCUGACAUCACCACCACUGAAAUCACCACCUCUCGUGAUGUCACCACCACUGAGAUCACCACCACCACUGAGAUCACCACCACUCCUGAUGUCACUACUACUCCUGAGAUCACCACCACCACUCCAGAGAUCUCCACCACUGAGAUCACCACCACUCCUGGUGUCACCACCACUGAGAUCACUAUGACUCCUGAGAUCACCACUCCUGACAUCACUACCACCACUGAGAUCACCACCACUCCUGUCAUCACCACCACUGAGAUCACCACCACUCCUGAUGUCACUACUACUCCUGAGAUCACCACCACCACUCCUGACAUCACCACCACUGAGAUCACCACCACUCCUCUUGUCACCACCACUGAGAUCACUACGACUCCUGAGAUCACCACUCCUGACAUCACUACCACUCCUGAGAUCACCACCACGUCUGAUGUCACUACAACUCCUGAUAUCACCACCACUUCUGAUGUCACUACAACUCCUGAGAUCACCACCACUCCUGAUGUCACCACCACUCCUGAUGUCAGUACAACUCCUGACAUCACCACCACUCCUGUCAUCACCACCACUGAGAUCACCACCACUCCUGAUGUGACCACCACUGAGAUCACCACCACUUCUGAUGUCACUACUAUUCCUGAGAUCACCACCACCACUCCUGAGAUCACCACCUCUCCUGAUGUCACUACCACUCCUGAUGUCACCACCACUCCUGUUGUCACUACAACUCCUGACAUCACCACCACUCCUGUCAUCACCACCACUGAGAUCACCACCACUCCUGACGUCACCACCACUGAGAUCACCACCACUUCUGAGAUCAUCAACACUCCUGACGUCACCACCACUGAGAUCACUACCACCCCUGAGAUCACCACCACAUCUGAUGUCACCACAACUCCUGAGAUCACCACCACUCCUGACAUCACCACCACCGAGAUUACCACCACUUCUGAGAUCACCACCACAUCUGAUGUCACCACAACUCCUGAGAUCACCACCAGUCCUGAUGUCACCACCACUCCUGACAUCACCACCACUGAAAUCACCACCUCUCGUGAUGUCACCACCACUGAGAUAACCACCACCACUGAGAUCACCACCACUCCUGAUAUCACUACGACCACUGAGAUCACCACCACUGAGAUCACCACCACUUCUGACGUCACCACCACUGAGAUCACUACCACCCCUGAGAUCACCACCACAUCUGAUGUCACCACAACUCCUGAGAUCACCACCACUCCUGAUGUCACCACCACUCCUGACAUCACCACCACUGAAAUCACCACCUCUCGUGAUGUCACCACCACUGAGAUCACCACCACCACUGAGAUCACCACCACUCCUGAUGUCACUACUACUCCUGAGAUCACUACCACUCCUGAGAUCACCACCACUUCUGAUGUCACUACAACUCCUGAUGUCACUACAACUCCUGAGAUCACCACCACUCCUGAGAUCACCACCACUCCUGAUAUCACUACAAUUCCUGACAUCACCACCACUCCUGAUGUCACCACCACUCCUGACAUCACCACCACCGAGAUCACCACCACUUCUGAGAUCACCACCACAUCUGAUGUCACCACAACUCCUGAGAUCACCACCACUCUUGAUGUCACCACUACUCCUGAGAUCACCACCAGCGCUGAGAUUAUCACCACUACUGUGACCCCCACCACUACUGUGACCCCCACCACUCCUAUCUUGGCUUUGUCUUUUGCAGUGACCUGCCUGAAUGGAGGAUCCUGGACAGGGAAGGUCUGCCUUUGCCCCAAUGGCUUCUCAGGGGAUCGCUGUCAGGAUCGUGUUCCGAUUGUCAGCUGUCAGAAUGGAGGGACGUGGGACGGCCUCAAAUGUCAGUGUACCAGCCUCUUCCACGGACCCCGGUGUGAGGAUGUGGUGGAGAGUAUCGAGAUAGAGCCCACAGUCUCUGCCACCGUGGAAGUGACUGUCAGAGUGACCAGCCAAAACUUCAGCGAAGAGCUAAAUGACCGGGAAUCCGAGGAAUUCAAGAAGUUCAAUGAGACAUUCUCAGAACAGAUGGCGAUAAUUUAUGCUGGAAUUCCUGAGUAUGACGGGGUUGACAUCAAAGGGCUGAGGAACGGCAGUAUCAUUGUGGAUUAUGAUGUCAUCCUGAAGGCCCAGUACACCCCAGAAUAUGAAGACGUGUUUCAGGUCAUCAAAAGUGAUGUGCAGAAAAAAAUCAUAAAUGCAACCCAGGUUCAAGUAAGCGGUGCUAAUAAUACUUGUACAGGGUUUUUGCUGUGUUUCAAUGCAAAAGACACCCAAGUACAAAGCAUUACCAUUUCAGAUGUCAUCACUCCUGAAGAGGAAUGCUGGGAGCAGGCUGGGGAAGAGUAUAAGCAGUAUGUCUUAGCGGAACAAAAGGACGAAAAGUGGCACUGUAUCACGGCCUGCUCAACAGGGUACACAUCCUCCCUGGACUGCCACUAUGGCAAGUGCCAGCUGCAGCGGAGUGGCCCCCAGUGUCUCUGCCUGACCACAGACACUCACUGGUACAGCGGAGAGACUUGCGACUGGGGCAUCCAGAAAAGCCUGGUCUACGGGCUCGUGGGAGCCGGGGUGGCCGUGCUGCUGCUGGUCCUCGUUAUCCUGGCCGUGUUCUCCUUCCGCUACAGAAGAGAGGCGCAAAGGCAAAGUUCCAGAGUGACUCAGAUGCAAAAGUGGAAUGAAGAGGAAGGCAGAACUCCUGGCGCCUUCAACAACAUGGGUUUUGACCACAACGAAGAACGAGAAGACUACAUCAACUUGGGCUCUGUGUACAGCAACUUUGAUGUCUUACGCAAUAUAAACCCUGACGAAAAGAUCCAGAUCCAGAGGCCCCAGGUAGUCAUGACAUCACUGUAA